CCAUGGGUCGAUGGCAGCUUCCAGUUGUGCCUUCACCAUCACCCUCCUCCCCACAGUCCCGGCCAUGCCCUCAAGGUUACCUUUGUGUGAAGAAUUCACUUACUUUCCUUUUCCUCUCUCUCCUCCUCCUAGUGCCAAACUGAACCACUGUCACCACGAUGUGAAUAACUCUGCGGUUUAACCGUUCCCUUUAUAUUUAUGCUGGAAGGAAGUCGAGUGCUCAUGGAGAGUCCUGGAAGAGACAUCAAGGAUGCUAGACAUCAAUAUGAAGGAGCUUUAGUGAUACUUGAUGCAGGAGCUCAGUAUGGAAAAGUAAUCGACCGGCGUGUGAGAGAACUUUUUGUACAGUCGGAAAUUCUGCCACUAGAGACACCUGCUUUUGCAAUCAAAGAAAAUGGUUUUAGAGCUAUCAUUAUAUCUGGGGGCCCAAGUUCAGUCUAUGCAGAAGAUGCUCCCUGGUUUGAUCCAGCAAUCUUUACAAUUGGGAAACCUGUUCUCGGAAUCUGCUACGGCAUGCAGAUGAUGAAUAAAGUUUUUGGAGGUACAGUGCACAGAAAGAAUAUGAGGGAGGAUGGUGUGUUUACAAUAAAUGUAGACAAUAGUUGUUCACUAUUCAGAGGUCUGCAGAAAGACGAGCUUGUGCUGCUCACUCACGGUGACAGUGUGGAUAAAGUGGCAGAAGGCUUCAAAGUGGUUGCGCAAUCUGGAAACAUUGCAGCAGCAAUAGCAAAUGAGACCAAGAAGCUCUACGGUGUACAGUUUCACCCAGAAGUAGAUCUGACACAGCAUGGCAAAGACAUUUUGAAGAAUUUCUUGUUUGAUAUAGCUGGUUGCAGUGGGACAUUCACAGUCCAGAAUAGAGAAGCGGAAUGCAUACAAGAAAUACAAAGGAAAGUUGGGCAUUCCAAAGUUUUGGUUUUGCUGAGUGGAGGUGUAGAUUCUACUGUGUGCACAGCCUUGUUGAAUAAGGCUCUGAAACAAGAUCAAGUUAUCGCUCUUCACAUAGACAAUGGUUUCAUGCGCAAAAAAGAAAGUCAGUGUGUGGAAGAAGCCUUGAGAAAACUUGGUAUUAAAGUCAAAGUGAUUAAUGCAGCGCAUGCAUUCUACAACGGGACAACAACUCUUCCAAUUUCAGAAGAAGACAGAACUCCAAGGAAGAGAAUAAGCAAAACUCUAAAUAUGACAACAAAUCCAGAAGAGAAAAGAAAAAUAAUAGGAGAUACUUUUGUGAAGGUGGCGAAUGAAGUAAUUGGGGAAAUGAAUCUAAAACCUGAAGAAGUCUUUCUUGCGCAAGGUACUUUAAGGCCAGAUUUAAUUGAAAGUGCAUCCGUAGAGGCAAGCGGGAAAGCGGACGUCAUCAAAACUCAUCAUAAUGAUACAGAAUUAAUACGAGAAUUGAGAGAAGAGGGCAAAGUCAUAGAGCCACUAAAAGAUUUUCACAAAGAUGAAGUCAGGGCAUUGGGCCGCGAACUGGGUCUUCCUGAAGAUCUUGUUUCAAGGCACCCUUUUCCAGGCCCCGGUCUUGCUAUUAGAAUAAUCUGUGCUGAUGAGCCUUAUAUUUGCAAGGACUUUGCAGAAACCAACAACAUUCUGAAAAUCUUAGCUGAUUUCUCUGCCAGUGUGAAAAAGCCACACACUUUACUUCAAAGGGUCAAAUCCUGCAUGAGUGAUGAAGAACAAGAAAAACUGUUACAAAUUACAAGCCUGCAUUCACUAAAUGCUUUUUUGAUGCCCAUUAAAACAGUAGGAGUACAGGGCGACUGCCGAUCAUAUAGCUAUGUUUGCGGAAUAUCAAGCAAGGAUGCACCACAUUGGGAUUCCCUCAUGUUCUUGGUCCGACUUAUUCCACGAAUAUGUCAUAAUAUUAACAGAGUCGUGUACAUUUUUGGACCACAGAUCCGAGAACCCAUUAUAGAUGUAACACCAACUUUUCUAACUACUGGAGUGCUGAGCACACUCCGGCAGGCUGACUUUGAGGCUCACAACAUUCUUAGGGAGUCUGGUUUCUCUGGGAAAAUUAGUCAGAUGCCAAUUAUUUUAACUCCGUUGCAUUUUGAUCGUGACCCACUGCAAAAGCAACCAUCUUGCCAGAGAUCUGUAGUUAUUCGAACCUUCAUUACAAGUGAUUUCAUGACUGGCAUCCCAGCAACUCCUGGUAACCACAUUCCUGAAGAGGUUAUUUCUAAAAUGGUGAGAGAAAUCAAGAAGAUCCCUGGAAUCUCCCGUGUGAUGUAUGACAUGACCUCAAAGCCACCUGGAACCACAGAAUGGGAGUGAAGGCAAUCAUUUUGUUCUCUGGAAACAUUCCCGAUGUUAGUAUGGUGAAAGUGUAAAUGGAGCUGCUACGUUGCACCUUUUUUUGUUGUGUCUAACCCCACCCAUCCCUGGAGCCUGGUGUGUAAUUCAGUGCUUGGCAAGGACACACUUUAAUGGGCUAAGGAUAUGUAUGGGUGAAUGAAUUUGGCAUCAGGUUGUCCCAGUAAAAUGAUUCAGCUUUUGCUGAUGUAUUUUGAUGUCCUCUAAUUAGUUUUUUUGUAUAUCCUGAAAUGAAGUUCGUUUACAGUACAUUUACUUAAGCCAUUGCCACUGUAUCAUUGCAAAGCUUGUUUCCUGCUGUGACCAAUUUUCUUUUUGAUCAGAAAUGUUAAGUAUUUUGCCAAAUAAUAGAUUGUAUUGAAUUGUAUGGAUAAGGUUAAGUGUAUUCCAGUCUAUAUAAAAUUCUUGAUGGUUUAUAAUUGCAUUUUUCGAGAUUUACAAGUUAUUGACUGUUUGGCCUUUUCACUAUAAACUUGGAAAUGGCUAAAAGGAAUGCACUUAUGGUUUUAAUGGGCAAUUGAACUUUUGGAGUAUUUUAUUUUUUGCCAAAAAUCUUGAUAAUUUUUGGAUGGGUAUUAACAGCUAAUUUUAUUGUACUGUACAUAUUUCCUAAUUUGGGUGAACAAAUUUUAUUUGAUGUAUAAGAGGAUUAGCAUUUUCCAACAGCAGCCUUUUUAAUGUAUCAUUUGACAAUUUUGUAUCUAUUUUAUGAACUGACUAUUUCAUUCCGUGAAAUAGUUUCAAUUUGAUACCUAUCUUGAUAAGUUUACCAACAUAAUACGUACGCUAGUUGUCUGUUGCCUUAAUUUGAUCACUUGCAUAUCCCAUGGUCAGAAAUUGUAAUUUAUAAAUGUAAACUUUGUCAAACUAAUAAAUUCAUAAGAUGAAGUUCCGAAACUUCCACACAACUGUAUCUGUGUUAAUAGCACAAUGUAAAGGAUUUCUUGUUUUGAGUUUGCUAUGGAAGCUUUCAUGAAAAUCUAGUCUGUUUGGCAGAAGUUCAGUUGUCUCAUAUCCAUAAAAACGCUGUUCAAUUUGUUAAAACCAGAAUUUUUAAGUUUAAAGAACUGUCUACCUUGCUAUUUUUAUGCAUUACUUAAUCUAGAUUUCAUUUAUGCAUGCUUGAAAGUUAAUAUUUUAACCCAUCUAAAAAAUGGAAGUAUAAUGAAAUGUGACUUUUAAACCCUUUGCAGCUACGGAACAGACUUAUAGGUGGAUUGUAUAAACUGUUGCUUUAUAAUUCAGCUGUUUGGAAAAAGCAAAACUAGCACCAAAGACUUUAUUUGAGGUAUUUUUCUCUUCAUUUCAAUUAAUAGAGACUAGAAGCACUUGUAUGGCAUAGUUAAAAAAAGCACUGAUUUCAUGCCAAAUCUGACUCCUUAUUUUAAUGUCUGAACAAUAUACAUGGCUAAGACUGCUGUUUUAUAACAGCUAGGUUAUUCAUCAUGCUUCAGGUGUAGCAGUCAGUUUUAUUCUGGGGGGAGGGCGGGAGAAUCAUGAUUUCUAAUGUGAUCGGGAAAGAUUCUUCAGCUAAAAAGGUCUCCAUUUUUUUCUGUUACAGUUCCUUUAAAAGGAAAUGCCUGAAUCACAGCAUUUAGGUCAAUACUCCAAUCUUUUUUUUUCCCCACAUUGGUUAAAAUCAACUUUUAUAGUAGGUGCAAAUCGAGAAUUUUAUAUUCAAGCUGUAUGUAACCAACAUUGAGGGAAAUGUGAGUUCAAGUGCGUGAACUUUGCCAUUAAAAAAGACUGACCAGUAGUUUUCUUCUGAGAUCUCCACCUUGUAUCAUAAAAUUAAGCAAACUGCCUUUUCAAGAACCAGACAGGCAUGAAGCAAGAAAAAGGGUAUUUUUGACAUGCAAGUCAAAGGCAUGUAUCCUUUUGCAAUCUUGCUGGAAAUGAGAUCUAUUGGUCAACAUGCAAAUAACUUAAGUGACUUAUGUCAGUGUAUAAAUAUAUAUAUAGGUGCUGCUGUAAACUAUUUUCUUAGUAAUUCAUUUUAUUGCAUGCGUAUUUCCUAUCUACAGAUUCUGUUUGUUGCGUCUCAAUAAAGUAUAGUAUUAAAUUGCUCUGUCUUUUCCGUGUAAACUUCAAACUGGAUGGACUAUCGUUUGAUCAAUAAAAUUCCAACCCGUUCAGAAACUA